AUGUGGAAGCUCAUUCAAACACUUGGGAUAGGAAACUUGAGUGGUGAACAAAGAAGGCUUGCUCUGUAUUCAGCUCUGUUUCUUCCGUUUAGGAAUACCGUUUACAAGGACAAAAAUGAAAAAUCGAUUCCUGUUGUAAAUUACAUCUUUAAAGUCUCCAUGAAGCAGAGGAGUAGAGACGCGGAAACAGUUAUCAAUAUACACUGUGCCGCGGAGAGAUUCGUUUCGUUGAUUCUUCCUCUUCAGUUGAAUAAUCGAGUACAACAUGACAAACUUGAAUGA